CCAAUAGGGUUAGGACUACAUAUUUAUACCCUAACCAUAAUGUAUGACCCUGGAUACAUUGAUACUCUGAUACAUGUAUGAAAUGUCUGCUUCUCCAGAGGAUCUUUAUCAUAAAGUGGGAGGUGAGCUGGUGUUGACACCGGACAAGUCCACAGUGCCUGACUUCAUCACAAGCAUCCUAUGGAAGCAUGGGAAGAACAAGGUGGCAGAGUGGGACAAGGGUUUUGGUGGUCUGGACAUCUAUGCUGCCUUCAAAGAGCGUACAACCCUGGACCAGACUACUGGAGAGCUGAGAAUCAGUGGAUUGAUGAAAACAGACAGUGGAGUUUAUUCUGUGGAGUUUAACAGCAAACUGCUUGACAAGACAUAUACACUGUCUGUUAUCAAGGCAGUCCCCAAACCCACAAUCACUUCUUCCUGUAACGCCAACAAAACCUCCUGCACUCUGACCUGUGAGGGGGACACCACUGAUGCUGAACCAGUCACCUACAGCUGGAAAGUGGGGGAGGGGGCGUGGGAGGUUGUAGACAAACAGUUGAUUGUUUCUAGGAGCGACACUGGAAAAUCAGCCAAUGGUUACAAAUACACCUGCAAGCUGAAGAAUGCUGUUAGUGAGGAAGUCAGUGAGGUGUUUGGUCCAGAGUCUUCCAGUAUCGGUGCUGUUGUUGCUUUGGUUGUCUGUCUCAUUGUAGCAUUUGCUGUCUUAACAGUUUGGUUGGUGUGGAAGAAAAUAAAAGGAUAUCCCCAAGACACCUGGAUUGACUUUUUGAGAAUGUAUUGUGGUGGAAUGUGUGGGGUUCCGUUAACGGCCAACACCAAAACAGGGGAAGAUGGCGCAGACAAAGCUGGAAAGGGGCAGGGGAAUGAAGAAGCCACCCUGAUGGAGUAGAAAGACCACCAGUAAAGAAUCAAGUGUUUUAGGAUGCUGGUGGUCUUCCUGGUGGGGUAACUGAGAACAAGAAAAAUGGGGCACGUGUGUGUAAUGAUCAUGCUUCUUGAAAUGCCACACCUGUAAUGUGGAAGAAUUAUCUUGGCCAAGGAGAAAUGUUUACUAACAGGGAUGUACACAACAUUUGUCCGGAAUAAGGUCUUUGUGAGUAUGGAACAUUUCUGGGAUCUUUUAUUUCAGCUCAUGAAACAUGGGACCAACACUUUGCAUGUUGCGUUUUAUAUUUUUGUUCAGUGUAUAAAUGGUAAAUGAAGGGAAACAGGCAAACAUUGCACAUAGUAACUUGCAUGCAAUCAGAUGAAGUACAGUGAGCUCCAAAAGUAUUGGGUCAGUGACACAUUUUGUUGUAUUGGCUCUGUACUCCAGCACUUUGGAUUUAAAAUGAUACAAUGACUGAGGUUAAAGUGCAGUCUGUCAGGUUUAAUUUGAGGGUAUUGUCAUCCGUAUCACGUGAACUCUUUAGAAAUUGCAUCAUGUCUUGUACAUAGUACCCCCCCCCCCCCUCAUUUUAGGGAGGCAAAGGUUUUGGGACAAAUUCAUAUUAAAGUAGUGUAAAGUUUAGUAUUUGGUAGCACGCAAUGUAUACAUCAAGCUUGUGACUCUACAAACUUGUUGGAUGCAUUUGCUGUUUGUUUUGGUUGUCUCAGAUUAUUUUGUGCCCAAUAGAAAUUAAUGGUAAAUAAUGCAUUGUUACUUUUAUUCUAAAUAAGAAUAUAAUGUUUCUAAACACGUUUACCUGACUAUGGAUGCUACCAUUGAUUACUGAUAAUCCUGAAUGAAUCGUGAAUGAUGACGAGUGACAAAGUUAGCCAGUCUGCACUUUUAACCUCAUAGUCAUUGUAUCAUUUAAAAUCCAAAGUGCUGAAGUAUAAAGUCAAAACAACCAAAAAAGUGUCACUGUCUCUACUUUUGGAGCUCACUGUAUAAUGUGAUGAGCUUUAUGAAUUUAUAGUACUUCAGAAAUGAGGGCAAUAUUUGUAUCUCAGAACAUUUUGAUGGGGAAAAAAACAAGAGAUUAUCUUCUACUUUGAGGUAAAUAGCUUUAUGGAUUCUUACCCUUUCUCAGUAUUCAUGUCUCAUCUUUUCAAAUCUCAAUCCAUUUGUGAAGGUUGUUUUUGUUUGAAGCUGUAGUAUCAAUAACUUUGUGGUUGUAUGAUACCUUUUCAGGUAUUUUCCCCAGAGCGCUUAAUGUAACCCACUGCACUUUCUGUUUGAAAUCACAGCUGAAUGAAUGUCUUAUAUAAUUUCACUUGACCUAUGUCAAGGAAUUUGUACAGGUUAUUGUUUUAUUACCCAGGCCUGAGAGGUAGAGCUCAUCUACCUUGUAAAGAGAGAGCUCUUCAGCACUGAGAUAUUUUAUUACUGAGAGAGCUCUGCAGCACUGAGAUGUUUAAUUACUAACAACAAUGGUGCAUGUGUAUUUAAAAAAAACAUGUUUAUGCAUUAAUAUUUAAUUUUGACAAACAGUGUUCGUCUUCAUCAAAUUACCCUCAGGUGUGAAUAUCUGUUUUCACAAUAGAAUUUUGUCACCUGAAUUUUAGGACAUUUUUUCUCCUCAAAUAUAUUCUACAUCAGUCUGUGAUGGACCAUAGUAAGGGGUACCACUAGUUGCCACCAGAUUGUUGAGAACAUUUGUUAGGCAAGACCACUAACCUGGUAUAUCCCAGGUUUUAGUUCUGUUACUGGUAUGUCUCAUGUAAUUCUGUCACAGAAGAUGUUAUGAAUUAAGACCAGCUCACAUUAAUCUAUUGUGGGACUGGACCAAGACUGUUCUAAAAUGGAGUAUUGGCACAUGCAAAAACCUGUACUUGUAGUGAUGUGUUGAUGACUGAAUGUUUGAUGUCCAUGUACACAUCUGAACACCAAUUCUGUUUCAGCACUUUGUCUUAAGAAUGUAUUUUUUCCAUACUUGAUUGGUGAAAGCAAUACAUAUAGGGCUGGGUUCAGACAUCACCAACAUGCAUAUCCCUAUCUGAACCCUUCAGAUCUGUGAAUAGUGCUCUGGGGAAAGGGACUAGUUAACACUAGACUUAGAGAUCAGUCUCAUUGCAUGUACUGGAUGACUUUUUUAUUUAUUUUUAAAACUGAACCUGUUUAACACGGCAAGUCAGUUCAGAACGAAUUCUUAUUUACAAUGAUGGCCUAUGAACAAUGGGUUAACUGCCUUGUUCAGGUGCAGAACAGAUUUUCCCUUGUAAACUCUGGGAUUUGAUCUAGCAACCUUUCAGUUACUGGCCCAACGCUCUAACCACUAGGCUACUUCUCAGCCAGAUUUGCUUAACGGAUCACACCACAGGACUGACGAAUCCUAAAUCAAGUGUCAACUCCUUCCUUGUGAGACAUGCUGCUGUGAAAAACAAAUGCACUUGAAAGCGCAGUGUUAAAUAUAUUUUAUCUGCAAUGAUUGAAUUCCAGCCUGCAUAUGCUGACAAUCCUUUGUAUUUUGAGGUGUUUGAUAUUUAUAUUUUUUCAAUAAAGGACUUGAGUUCU